AUGAGUGUCGCUGCCAAAAUCCCCUCUCCGUCUCUCCGCUUUGCAACCACCAAACAGCACAACUCCUCCGAUCUUCCAGAACCUUCUACGCCACUCUACCAGCAACCAGAUUCUUCACUUCAGGCACUCAUAAACUUAACCGUUUCGAUGGACUUGUACGGUCGGGGCCCCGCCAGGAAUGGAUCCAACCCGGUGAACCAACCCGAAUGGCGCUCACCGGGCAUCGACACUACUCUCGAAGGUCUUAAUCACUUUUUCUUCUCGCUUGGUUUUUGUGUUUGUUUAGAAUCCAUGUGGCAUUUAACGCUGGGUUGCGGCGAAUCUUACCCUGAGCGGCCCGGCGUGCCCAAUUGUGUGUAUUACAUGCGAACCGGUGUUUGUGGAUAUGGUAGCAGGUGUCGUUACAAUCACCCUCGUGAUCGUGCUGCGGUAACCCUUUCCAUCACUUUGAGAUUCUGCAUUAGGUUAGAGUUUCAUGCAAGUGUCUUGUUGUUGUUGGUUCUUGUAGUAGCCAUUGUUGCUGCCGCGGUAAGAGCUACAGGGGAUUACCCAGAAAGGGUGGGGGAACCUCCAUGUCAGUAUUAUUUAAAGACUGGAACCUGUAAAUUUGGUGCAUCAUGUAAAUUCCACCAUCCAAGAAAUGGAGGUGGAUAUUUAAGUCAAGCUCCGCUAAAUACUUAUGGAUAUCCGUUACGACCGGGUGAGAGAGAGUGCUCCUACUAUUUGAAAACGGGGCAGUGCAAAUUUGGUAUAACUUGUAAAUUCCAUCAUCCUCAACCUGUUGGCACACCAUUGCCAGCAUCUGCACCUCAAUUUUAUCAACAGGUGCAGUCUCCUUCUGUUCCUCUGCCUGAACAGUAUGGAGGAGCUUCCACAAACUUGAGAGUGGCCAGGCCUCCUGUAAUGUCUGGUUCAUAUGUACAAGGGGCUUAUGGUCCUGUACUUCUUUCUCCUGGGGUUGUUCAAUUUCCUGGAUGGAGUCAUUAUUCGGCACCUGUAAGUCCUGCUCUAUCUCCUGGUGCUCAACCUGGUGUUGGGGCCACUUCUUUAUAUGGAGUGACCCAGUUGUCAUCACCAACAUCAGCUUUUGCUAGACCAUAUACUCCGCUGUCCUCUACUACCGGCCCUUCUGGAAACAUCCUGAAGGAUCAAUUAUUUCCUGAAAGACCUGGUGAACCCGAAUGCCAAUAUUAUCUGAGAACAGGGGACUGUAAAUAUGGAUUAGCUUGUCGAUAUCAUCAUCCUCGGGACCAUAUUGUGGCACGGCCACUUCUUAGUCCAAUUGGACUUCCUUUGCGUCCGGAUCAAGAUGGACUGCAAUUGAUCUGGACUUCCACUGAAAAGGCCAGUGUAGUGAUGUUCAUGAUGCCAAAUUUUGUGGGGUUACAACCUUGUGCUUUUUAUUUGCAAAAUGGGCAUUGCAAGUUUGGCUCCACGUGCAAAUUUGACCAUCCUUUGGGAUCUUUGAGCUACAGUCCAUCUGUAUCUUCUUUCACCGAUGUGCCAGUUACUCCAUACCCAGUAGGAUCUUUGCUGUCUCAGCUGGCUCCUUCAACAACAUCUUCGGAGUUUCGGCCUGAACUGAUGUCAGGAUCCAAAAAGGAAUCCCUUUCAGCCAGAAUAUCUUCUUCUGAUACUCCUGUCGGUCUAAUUUUCUCACAAGGUGGUGGCUCUGUCUCGCUAUCUGAUGUGCAACUCUCAAGUCAGAGUUCUGCCCCUCUAAGCAGUAGCAGAAGCACCAGACAAAGCAGUGAGAUACGUUGA